CUUUGCAGAUGGACUUCAUGGAUCAAGAUGAUAGUUGGAAUCUUGUUAAAAGUGCCGCAUUUGCAAAUGAAGCAUUACCAUCCGAGUACAAGAAUAUUGGGAAACAAAUCGUAGAUGAAUGUCACGGGUUACCACUAACUAUUGUUGUGGUUGCUGGGCUUCUCAAAUCUAAAAGGGCAAUAGAAGAUUGGAAAAGUGUUGCAAAAGAUGUCAAGUCGUUUGUCACAAAUGAUGCUGAUGAACGAUGUUUACGUGUGCUUGGGUUGAGUUAUAAUCACCUGACCAAUGAUCUAAAAACGUGUCUUCUGUAUUUUGAAAUUUUUCCGGAAGAAGCAGAGAUUCUAGUGAAUCAUUUGAUGAGGAUAUGGAUGGCUGAGGGGUUCCUGAAUUUGGAAAAUGACUUGGGAGAAGAGGCUGAGAAGUGUUUGCAGCAUCUCGUCAAUAGAAGUCUAGUUCUUGUCUGCAAGAAAAGUCGAGAUGAAACAAAAAUUAGAUCAUGUAAGGUUCAAGAUCUAAUAUACGACCUGUGCUUGAGAGAAUUUCAAAGGGGAAACGUUCGUUCAAAAUUCCAAUCUAUUUGUAUUUCAACUGUUAUUCACCAAUCACAGCUUAUUCCUUUCAAAUUACUCAGAGUCUUGGACUUGAGUGACGUGAGGAUUGAUGUUUUCCCUGUAGAGAUACCUAGCCUCAUCUGGUUGAGGUACCUAUCAUUGCGCUGCCGUGAGAAUUUAGACAUACCUCCAGAAAUUUGCAGGUUAUGGAAUCUGCAGACAUUCAUUGUUCAAGGGCCUAUUCGAUCAGUAAUAACUAUAAAUUUUCCUGAGGAAAUUUGGGGACUAAAGCAAUUAAGGCAUCUCAAAGUGAGCAAAUUUUAUCUGCCAAAACCCCCAACCGUAUCUUCUGACAAAGGGAGUUACGCGGGGUUUUCAAACAUACAAACUGCUUCUUACUUGUCUUCCUGCAGGAAGGAGGUUAUUUUGGGGAUUCAGAAUGUUAAAAAAUUAGGAAUCACUAAAAACUAUCUUUGGAACUAUGAGCUUCUCAACAAUCUUGUCUAUCUCCAGCAACUGGAAAUAUUGAGUCUUAUAUGUGUUUCCUAUAGCCAUGUGUCAUUGAUCAUUCCAAGUGCAAAAGCAUUUCCAGCAACGCUCAAGAAGUUGAAGUUGUAUAGAACUCAUCUAGAUUGGUCGUACUUGGACAACAUAACUGAGUUGCCUAACCUUGAGGUGCUGAAGCUGAUGGAUGAUGCUUGCGAUGGCGUAGAAUGGCAUCCAACUGUUAGGGGAUUUACUCGAUUGAAGUUUUUGUUAAUUGAAAAUAAUGAUCUCAAGUACUGGAAAGCCACAGAUGACAAUUUCCCUGUCCUUGAGCGUCUCGUGCUUAGCAAUUUAUAUUAUUUGGAAGAGAUACCCAUUGAGUUUGCAGAUAUCCACACACUACAACUGAUUGAGUUAACAAUGUGUCUUCCCGAACUUGGUAAAUCUGCUGCACAAAUUCAACAAGAGCAAGAAGACCUCGGAAACAACCCCGUGGAUGUUCGUAUCUCCCAUCCAUAUACCCGCACAGUAAAACUGAUUGAGUUAAAACGCUCUCUUCCCCAACUUGAGGAAUCUGCUGCAUGAAUUCAACAAGAACAAGAAGACCUCGGAAACAACCCUGUGGAUGUUCGUAUUUCCAAUCCAUGGAUGCUCCUCCAGUCACUACAUCAAAAUUACGAUGAUGACGAUACUGAAGAUUCAGAUGCUGAUGCUGUGGAAGAUGAUGAUAAUUAAGAUCGUUGAUUGUUAUCUGUUCAGAAUAACCUGUAAUGAAAAGGGAAACUGUAGAUUAACAACUUGAUACUGUUAUAGACUGUUGAUGCUAGUUCAGCACACUAUGUUUUUCAUAAAUGUAAAGUUUAUUUCAUUCUU